AUGUUGGCAUAUGUAAAAACUUUUUUUGCGGAAGUGGUACUUCCAGGAUUACCGACCUCAAUUGGACACAUUCCACAUAAUUGCAUACUCCAACGAUUAAGUUUGAAAUAUAAUUUUGAUUUUGCCGUAAAAUUUAAUCGUUGGAGUAUGCAAUUAUGUGGAAUGUGGCCAAUUGAAGAUCUUUUUUCAAUUAGACCACUAAUUGAAUGGAUUGUUGACUCUUCUUCAAAAAUAAAUUUACCAUGCCAAGCAUACUAUCCUUUUGAUGUUGAAAAAUCACCAAAUUUCGAGCUAGCAUAUUUAACGCAAACAUUUUUCAUGGGUUGUCUUGUUACUGUAGCAAUAAAUGUCAAUAGUUUUUUAACUCUUAUUGUUUUUCAUUUGUGUGGACAAUUACAAGUAUUGGCAUUAAGUGUCAAAGACAUUGUAAAUUCAAAAAAAUUUUCUCAUAACGGAUCAAUGAUUUCUGAAGAGUUGGAAGUUGUAAUCACUGUUAUGACAAUGUGUUUUGUGGGUUUUGCAAUUCUUGUGAGUAUGAAUAUUGGUGAUGCAGUUUAUAAUACAAAUUGGUAUGAUUGUAAUCCAAAAUCAAUUUGUUCAUUGAUGUUGAUUAUAAUGAGAUCGCAAAGGCCAUUAAAAUUUACAGCAGGAAAAUUUUUUCCCUUGUCACAUGAUACUUUAAAAAAAAUUUUGAUGUCGGCUUUCUCAUAUGCAACUGUUCUUCAUGCAACAAGUCGUAAUCAUCAGAAUUAA